ACGGCUCGCCGGUUGGUCCGCGCUGGCGCUGCUCGCGGCGCGGCGCGGCCAAUAGGCUGCGCGUUCUCGGCCACGCCCGCGCGAGCUCUCUUCUCGCGAGGCCGGUUAGGCCCGAAUGUCGUUAGCCGUGGGGAAAGAUGGCGGAAAAUUUAAAAGGAUGCAGUGUGUGUUGCAAGUCUUCUUGGAAUCAGCUCCAGGACCUGUGCCGCCUGGCCAAGCUCUCCUGCCCUGCCCUUGGCAUCUCCAAGAGGAACCUCUAUGACUUUGAAGUCGAGUACCUGUGCGAUUAUAAAAAGAUCCGCGAACAGGAGUAUUACCUGGUGAAAUGGCGUGGGUACCCAGACUCAGAGAGCACCUGGGAGCCUCGGCAGAAUCUCAAGUGUGUGCGCAUCCUCAAGCAGUUCCACAAGGACUUGGAACGGGAGCUGCUCCGGCGGCACCACCGGUCAAAGCCGCCGCGGCACCUGGACCCAAGCCUGGCCAACUACCUGGUGCAGAAGGCCAAGCAGAGGCGGGCCCUCCGGCGCUGGGAGCAGGAGCUCAACGCCAAGCGCAGCCACCUGGGACGCAUCACCGUGGAGAACGAGGUGGACCUGGACGGCCCCCCGCGGGCCUUCGUGUACAUCAACGAGUACCGGGUGGGUGAGGGCAUCACCCUCAACCAGGUGGCCGUGGGCUGCGAGUGCCAGGACUGUCUGUGGGCACCUGCCGGAGGCUGCUGCCCGGGGGCCUCGCUGCACAAGUUCGCCUACAACGACCAGGGCCAGGUGCGGCUGCGAGCCGGGCUGCCCAUCUACGAGUGCAACUCGCGCUGCCGCUGCGGCUACGACUGCCCCAACCGCGUGGUGCAGAAGGGCAUCCGCUACGACCUCUGCAUCUUCCGCACGGACGACGGCCGCGGCUGGGGUGUCCGCACACUGGAGAAGAUCCGCAAGAACAGCUUCGUCAUGGAGUACGUGGGCGAGAUCAUUACCUCAGAGGAGGCAGAACGGCGGGGCCAGAUCUACGACCGCCAGGGCGCCACCUACCUCUUCGACCUGGACUACGUGGAGGAUGUGUACACCGUGGAUGCCGCCUAUUACGGCAACAUCUCCCACUUUGUCAACCACAGUUGUGAUCCCAACCUCCAGGUGUACAACGUCUUCAUAGACAACCUUGAUGAGCGGCUGCCCCGCAUCGCUUUCUUUGCCACAAGAACCAUCCGGGCAGGCGAGGAGCUCACCUUCGAUUACAACAUGCAAGUGGACCCGGUGGACAUGGAGAGCACCCGCAUGGACUCCAACUUUGGCCUGGCCGGGCUCCCUGGCUCCCCCAAGAAGCGCGUCCGUAUCGAGUGCAAGUGUGGGACUGAAUCCUGCCGCAAAUACCUCUUCUAGCCCUUUGACGUCUGAGGCCAGACUGACUUUGGGGGCCUCAAGCUGCCCGCCCCACCCACCCACCGCUGCCCUCCUGUCGAGGAACGACUGCCAGGGCCUCCUCCCUGCCUCCACCUGCCCCAUGCUCGGGGCCGCAGGGCCACGGGGAGUCGUCCCCCCCCAUCCCAGCCCCAUCCGUGGGUUGCACUUACGAACCCCCGCCCGCCUUCGGAAGUGAUUUUUCAACAUCAGGACUUUUCUGCAGUUGGGAUUCAUGGCCUAGCGAGGAGGUCCAAGGGCUGAGCCCCAGCCCAGACCUGGAAUAGAAAGAUGUUUGUUUUUGCACCUGCUUCUGCCUGGAGCUUGAGGGGUCUGUCGCAGGCCCUCUUCCUACUGCCCCAAGGGUGUGGGGAAGCAGCCACCUGGCAGGCUGGCACCAGAGCCCAGGGUUCCUAGCCCGCCCGUCUCCCCUACCACAGAGAUGCUGUGCACGUGGAAGAAAGGGGGCUCCAGGGCUGGGGGCUGAGGCUGGUUCCUGCUCACGCUCACACGCUGACUAGUGUUGGCCCAAGAGCCGUUAGGGUCUCUUUUUCAGGGCUGUGCAUCUGAGAAGUGACUCCCACUUGCCACUGGAAGGGGAGUGGCUGCCCACGGCCCACUGGCCAGCGAGGGGCAGUCCAGACUCUCGCAGCCCUUAAAGCGGGUUGGGACUGAGCUCUGCCUUUGGGAGUACACGGAAGGUGCCCGGGGCUCUCGGAGCUCGGAGGGUGCGAAGGAGCCCCGACCUGGGGUGUGACAACUGCUGGGAGUACCCAGAGCUGGAACCAAGACCUAGCUAGGCUGUAGAUAGCACUUAGGACAAAAUGUGCAUUGAUGGGGUGCUGAUGAGGUGCCAGGCACUGGGCAGAGCACCUGGUCCACGUGGAUUGUCUCAGGGAAGCCUUGAAAACUAUGAAGGUGGAUCCCAGGAAAGAGCCCAUGUGGCAGAAGGCAAAGCACAGGCCAAGAACAGGGGGUGGGGAUGGCUUACCCGAGAAGGUAUGGCAAGGCAGGGGAAGCCUCUGCUGCCCCCCCCCCCCGGCCCCAGCCCCUAGCCCUUCGCGCUCACCUUGGGUCCACUGGUCUCAAAAGUUACCUGCCCACAAACACACGAAAGGCGAAGGCUCUGAAGGCUGCCUCGCCCCUCGCUUCCCCUGUGAGGUCUUCUCUAGGAAGCCCUCCCCGACUACCUGUGCGCAGAGUGUCCCUCCGUGAGACUGUGCCCCGCCACCAGAUGCCAGAUGUGUGUGUCUGUUUGUGUGUCUGCCUGUGUGUCCGUGCUCCCCACCCCCAGACUGACCUUCAGGCAUGGACUGAAUCUGAUUCCCCUCUUGGAUGUCCCUUGGCCCUACCCAGCCUGGGAUAGGCAUCAAUAAAACAUCAUUGACUGAA